CAGCGCCCGCCGCUCCCGCCGGAGCCGGAGCCGGAGCCGGAGCCGCGACUGAAGGCCGGGCCCGCCCGCCGCCGCCGCCGCCGCCGCCGCGAUGUGCGACUGCUUCCACAUGGUGCUGCCCGCCUGGCCCGGAGCCCCCGGCAGCGUGUCCGGGCGGCAGCUGCAGGCCGAGGAUCCGGACGCGGACACGGAGGACGACCGCUCGGUGACCGAGGGGCCCGCGGAGGAGAUCAUCCGGCCCCGCCCGCAGGGCUCCUCGCCCGUCUACGAAUGCGUGGCUGAAGGCGCCGGCUUCGCGCUCCGGGAGGACACGCAGAGCAGGCCGGGCGCCUCCGGGCGACGGCGGUCCUGGUGGAAACGGGAUUCUGGGGACUCUCGGACGUUUGCCAGGAUGAGCCGUUCCGAGGAGGCGGCGGAGGUGAUGCUGAAGACGGAGGUGGAGGCAGGUGCCAGCGGCUACAGCGUCACGGGCGGUGGGGACCAGGGCAUCUUCGUCAAGCAAGUGCUCAAGGGCUCCUCGGCCGCCAAGCUCUUCAGCCUGCGAGAAGGGGACCAGCUGCUCAGCGCAACCGUCUUCUUUGACCACAUCAACUACGAGGAUGCUCUCAAGAUCCUCCAGUACUCGGAGCCGUACAAGGUCCAGUUCCACAUCAAGCGGAAGCUCCCGGCUGCAGGGGCGGAGGAUGGGGCCUCCGGCACCGCUCAGCACGCCCCAAAGCAUCCGGGAACCCAGGACGAGGAUGGCGCCGAGGGCGGCCCAGACACCCCCGUGAGGACGCUGGAGCGGGACGGGGACCAGGAGCGGCUCAUCUCCAAGUCCCGGGGCGGCCGGGGCGGGCGGGCCCAGCGGGAGAGGCUGUCCUGGCCCAAGUUCCAGGCCGCACGGAGCCAGCGAGGGCCCCGGCGGUCCCACAGCUCCUCCGAGGCCCAUGAGGAGGGCCCGGCCCCAGACGGGUCCCCCACCAGCUCGGACACGGAGGCCCAGUUCCUGGCGGAGGAGCGGGAGCGGGCGGCAGCGGCUGGCAGCCAGCGGAGGAGGAGGUUCCUGAACCUCCGGUUCAAGGUGGGCUCCGGGAAGGGACCAUCGAGGGAAGGGGAGGGGGCGCUGAGGCAGAGGGGCCACAGCGGGACUGUCCAGACCCCCUUCCUGGCGGAGGCAGGUCCUGGGGUAACAGCCAGCCGGACGGCGGACACGGAGGACGCGACUGGGAAGGAGCGCAGAGCCCAGAAGCACCCCUCGAGGACCGCACCAGAGAGGGCCGGGGGGGCAAGGCCAGACGGCGACCUCGGCCUCGGGGACAAGGAGGUGGUCGCGCACGACAGCAAGUUCAAGAUGCCCAAGUUCAGGAUGCCGUCCUUCUGCAGCUCAGGGGCAGCCACGGGGGCCGCAGGGGACGUGACCCUGCCCUCCAUCCAGGCUGACCUCGAGGCCACUGACCUCAGUAUUGACCUCCCAUCUGCCGACGUGGACAUCAAGACCGGCGAGCUUGGAGUGAAGAUCCCGGAGGGUCACCUGCCUGAGGGAGAGCUUGAGGGACGCUCCUCCGGAGUUGGACUCAAAGGGCACCUGCCCAAGGUUCACAUGCCCAGCGUGAAGAUGCCCAAGGUGGACAUCAAGGGGCCCAAACUGGACCUGAAGGGCCCCAAAGGGGAGGUGACUGUCCCAGACAUGGAGGUGUCAAUGCCCAGCGUGGAGGUGGACAUUCAGGCUACAGGCCGAACACUGGAGGGUGACAUCACCCUGGGGGAUAAAGAAGUGGUCACCAAGGAUAGCAAAUUCAAGAUGCCCAAGUUCAAAAUGCCGUCGUUUGGCACAUCGGUACCUAGCAAGGACUGGGGAUCAUCCGUGGAUAUGCCAGUACCCAAAGCCACUGGGAAGAUGAACCUGCCGUCCAUCCCGGGGGAGACUGCAGUAGCAAAGGGCAGCGUCCACCUAUCAUCGGCUGAUCUCCAGUUUCCUAAGGGAGAAAUGGAGGCGGCCCUCCCAGAGGGAGAGGUGACCCUGGGAGAGAUGAAGGGCAAAAGAGAAAGGGACAGGUUCAAGGGCGACAUGCCCAAGGUACAGAUGCCCAGCAUGAAGAUGCCCAAAGUCGACUUCAAGGGCCCCCAGGUGGACAUCAAGGGGCCCAAGGUGGACCUGCAGGGCCCCAAAGGGGAGGUGACCAUCCCCGACAUGGAGGUUUCGCUGCCCAUUGUGGAGGUGGACAUUCAGGCACCGAGCGCCAAGCUGGAGGAAGACAUUGUUCUGGGGGACACAGAGGUGACCACCAAAGACAGCAAGUUCAAGAUGCCCAAGUUCAAGAUGCCUUCCUUCGGUAUGUCUGGGCCAGGCAAGACCAUGGAGGCCUCAGUGGACAUGACCCUGCCAAAGGCUGAGGCAGACGUGUCCCUGCCCUCCAUCCAGACUGACAUCAAGACCACUGACCUCAGUAUUGACCUCCCAUCAGCUGACAUUGACAUCAAGACCAGCGAGCUUGGAGUGAAGAUCCCGGAGGGUCACCUGCCUGAGGGAGAGCUUGAGGGACGCUCCUACGGAGUUGGAUUCAAAGGGCACCUGCCCAAGGUUCACAUGCCCAGCAUGAAGAUGCCCAAGGUCGACUUCAAGGGCCCCCAGGUGGACAUCAAGGGGCCCAAAGUGGACCUGCAGGGCCCCAAAGGGGAGGUGACCGUCCCCGACAUGGAGGUUUCGCUGCCCAGUGUGGAGGUGGACAUUAAGGCGCCGAGUGCCAAGCUAGAGGGAGACAUCGUUCUGGGGGACACCGAGGUGACCACCAAAGAUAGCAAGUUCAAGAUGCCCAAGUUCAAGAUGCCUUCCUUCGGUAUGUCUGGGCCAGGCAAGGCCAUGGACGCCUCAGUGGACGUGUCCCUGCCCUCCAUCCAGACUGACAUCCAGACCACUGACCUCAGUAUUGACCUCCCAUCAGCUGACAUUGACAUCAAGACCGGUGAGCUUGGAGUGAAGAUCCCGGAGGGUCACCUGCUUGAGGGAGAGCUUGAGGGACGCUCCUCCGGAGUUGGAUUCAAAGGACACCUGCCCAAGGUACAGAUGCCCAGCAUGAAGAUGCCCAAAGUCAACUUCAAGGGCCCCCAGGUGGACAUCAAGGGGCCCAAAGUGGACCUGCAGGGCCCCAAAGGGGAGGUGACCGUCCCCGACAUGGAGGUUUCGCUGCCCAGUGUGGAGGUGGACAUUCAGGCGCCGAGUGCCAAGCUAGAGGGAGACAUCGUUCUGGGGGACACCGAGGUGACCACCAAAGAUAGCAAGUUCAAGAUGCCCAAGUUCAAGAUGCCUUCCUUCGGUAUGUCUGGGCCAGACAAGGCCAUGGACGCCUCAGUGGACGUGACCCUGCCAAAGGCUGAGGCAGACGUGUCCCUGCCCUCCAUCCAGACUGACAUCAAGACCACUGACCUCAGUAUUGACCUCCCAUCAGCUGACAUUGACAUCAAGACCGGCGAGCUUGGAGUGAAGAUCCCGGAGGGUCACCUGCCUGAGGGAGAGCUUGAGGGACGCUCCUUCGGAGUUGGAUUCAAAGGGCACCUGCCCAAGGUUCACAUGCCCAGCAUGAAGAUGCCCAAGGUCGACUUCAAAGGCCCCCAGGUGGACAUCAAGGGGCACAAAGUGGACCUGCAGGGCCCCAAAGGGGAGGUGACCGUCCCCGACAUGGAGGUUUCGCUGCCCAGUGUGGAGGUGGACAUUCAGGCGCCGAGCGCCAAGCUAGAGGGAGACAUCGUUCUGGGGGACACCGAGGUGACCACCAAAGAUAGCAAAUUCAAGAUGCCCAAGUUCAAGAUGCCUUCCUUCGGUAUGUCUGGGCCAGGCAAGGCCAUGGAGACCUCAGUGGACAUGUCCCUGCCCUCCAUCCAGACUGACAUCAAGACCAGUGACCUCACUAUUGAGCUGCCAUCUGCAGAUGUGGACGUCAAGACCGGCGAGCUUGGAGUGAAGAUCCCGGAGGGUCACCUGCCUGAGGGAGAGCUUGAGGGACGCUCCUCUGGAGUUGGAUUCAAAGGGCACCUGCCCAAGGUUCACAUGCCCAGCAUGAAGAUGCCCAAGGUCGACUUCAAGGGCCCCCGGGUGGACAUCAAGGGGCCCAAAGUAGACCUGAAGGGCCCCGAAGGGGAGGUGACUGUUCCUGAGGGAGAAGUGAAGCUUGGAGACGUGAAGGGCAAAGCAGAAGGGCCCACGUUCAAGGGCCACAUGCCCAAGGUACAGAUACCCAGCAUGAAGAUGCCCAAAGUCGACUUCAAGAGCCCCCAGGUGGACAUCAAGGGGCCCAAAGUGGACCUGCAGGGCCCCAAAGGGGAGGUGACCGUCCCCGACAUGGAGGUUUCGCUGCCCAGUGUGGAGGUGGACAUUCAGGCGCUGAGCGCCAAGCUAGAGGGAGACAUCAUUUUGGGGGACACCGAGGUGACCACCAAAGAUAGCAAGUUCAAGAUGCCCAAGUUCAAGAUGCCUUCCUUCGGUAUGUCUGGGCCAGACAAGGCCAUGGACACCUCAGUGGACGUGACCCUGCCAAAGGCUGAGGCAGACGUGUCCCUGCCCUCCAUCCAGACUGACAUCAAGACCACUGACCUCAGUAUUGACCUCCCAUCAGCUGACAUUGACAUCAAGACCGGCGAGCUUGGAGUGAAGAUCCCGGAGGGUCACCUGCCUGAGGGAGAGCUUGAGGGACGCUCCUCCGGAGUUGGAUUCAAAGGGCACCUGCCCAAGGUUCACAUGCCCAGCAUGAAGAUGCCCAAGGUCGAUUUCAAAGGCCCCCAGGUGGACAUCAAGGGGCCCAAAGUGGACCUGCAGGGCCCCAAAGGGGAGGUGACCGUCCCCGACAUGGAGGUUUCGCUGCCCAGUGUGGAGGUGGACAUUCAGGCGCCGAGCGCCAAGCUAGAGGGAGACAUCGUUCUGGGGGACACCGAGGUGACCACCAAAGAUAGCAAAUUCAAGAUGCCCAAGUUCAAGAUGCCUUCCUUCGGUAUGUCUGGGCCAGGCAAGGCCAUGGAGACCUCAGUGGACGUGUCCCUGCCCUCCAUCCAGACUGACAUCAAGACCAGUGACCUCACUAUUGAGCUGCGAUCUGCUCAUAUGGACGUCAAGACCGGCGAGCUUGGAGUGAAGAUCCCGGAGGGUCACCUGCCUGAGGGAGAGCUUGAGGGACGCUCCUCCGGAGUUGGAUUCAAAGGGCACCUGCCCAAGGUGCAGAUGCCCAGCAUGAAGAUGCCCAAAGUCGACUUCAAGGGCCCCCAGGUGGACAUCAAGGGGCCCAAAGUGGACUUGCAGGGCCCCAAAGUGGAGUUGACCGUCCCCGACAUGGAGGUUUCGCUGCCCAGUGUGGAGGUGGACAUUCAGGCGCCGAGCGCCAAGCUAGAGGGAGACAUCGUUUUGGGGGACACCGAGGUGACCACCAAAGAUAGCAAGUUCAAGAUGCCCAAGUUCAAGAUGCCUUCCUUCGGUAUGUCUGGGCCAGACAAGGCCAUGGACGCCUCAGUGGACGUGACCCUGCCAAAGGCUGAGGCAGACGUGUCCCUGCCCUCCAUCCAGACUGACAUCAAGACCACUGACCUCAGUAUUGACCUCCCAUCAGCUGACAUUGACAUCAAGACCGGCGAGCUUGGAGUGAAGAUCCCGGAGGGUCACCUGCCUGAGGGAGAGCUUGAGGGACGCUCCUUCGGAGUUGGAUUCAAAGGGCACCUGCCCAAGGUUCACAUGCCCAGCAUGAAGAUGCCCAAGGUCGACUUCAAGGGCCCCCAGGUGGACAUCAAGGGGCCCAAAGUGGACCUGCAGGGCCCCAAAGGGGAGGUGACCGUCCCCGACAUGGAGGUUUCGCUGCCCAGUGUGGAGGUGGACAUUCAGGCGCCGAGCGCCAAGCUAGAGGGAGACAUCGUUCUGGGGGACACCGAGGUGACCACCAAAGAUAGCAAAUUGAAGAUGCCCAAGUUCAAGAUGCCUUCCUUCGGUAUGUCUGGGCCAGGCAAGGCCAUGGACGCCUCAGUGGACGUGUCCCUGCCCUCCAUCCAGACUGACAUCAAGACCACUGACCUCAGUAUUGACCUCCCAUCAGCUGACAUUGACAUCAAGACCGGUGAGCUUGGAGUGAAGAUCCCGGAGGGUCACCUGCCUGAGGGAGAGCUUGAGGGACGCUCCUUCGGAGUUGGAUUCAAAGGGCACCUGCCCAACGUUCACAUGCCCAGCAUGAAGAUGCCCAAGGUCGACUUCAAAGGCCCCCAGGUGGACAUCAAGGGGCCCAAAGUGGACCUGCAGGGCCCCAAAGGGGAGGUGACCGUCCCCGACAUGGAGGUUUCGCUGCCCAGUGUGGAGGUGGACAUUCAGGCGCCGAGCGCCAAGCUAGAGGGAGACAUCGUUCUGGGGGACACCGAGGUGACCACCAAAGAUAGCAAAUUCAAGAUGCCCAAGUUCAAGAUGCCUUCCUUCGGUAUGUCUGGGCCAGGCAAGGCCAUGGAGACCUCAGUGGACGUGUCCCUGCCCUCCAUCCAGACUGACAUCAAGACCAGUGACCUCACUAUUGAGCUGCCAUCUGCAGAUGUGGACGUCAAGACCGGCGAGCUUGGAGUGAAGAUCCCGGAGGGUCACCUGCCUGAGGGAGAGCUUGAGGGACGCUCCUUCGGAGUUGGAUUCAAAGGGCACCUGCCCAAGGUUCACAUGCCCAGCAUGAAGAUGCCCAAGGUCGACUUCAAGGGCCCCCAGGUGGAUAUCAAGGGGCCCAAAGUAGACCUGAAGGGCCCCGAAGGGGAGGUGACCGUCCCCGACAUGGAGGUUUCGCUGCCCAGUGUGGAGGUGGACAUUCAGGCGCCGAGCGCCAAGCUAGAGGGAGACAUCGUUCUGGGGGACACCGAGGUGACCACCAAAGAUAGCAAAUUCAAGAUGCCCAAGUUCAAGACGCCUUCCUUCGGUAUGUCUGGGCCAGGCAAGGCCAUGGAGACCUCAGUGGACGUGUCCCUGCCCUCCAUCCAGACUGACAUCAAGACCAGUGACCUCACUAUUGAGCUGCCAUCUGCUCAUAUGGACGUCAAGACCGGCGAGCUUGGAGUGAAGAUCCCGGAGGGUCACCUGCCUGAGGGAGAGCUUGAGGGACGCUCCUCCGGAGUUGGAUUCAAAGGGCACCUGCCCAAGGUGCAGAUGCCCAGCAUGAAGAUGCCCAAAGUCGACUUCAAGGGCCCCCAGGUGGACAUCAAGGGGCCCAAAGUGGACUUGCAGGGCCCCAAAGUGGAGGUGACCGUCCCCGACAUUGAGGUUUCGCUGCCCAGUGUGGAGGUGGACAUUCAGGCGCUGAGCGCCAAGCUAGAGGGAGACAUCGUUUUGGGGGACACCGAGGUGACCACCAAAGAUAGCAAGUUCAAGAUGCCCAAGUUCAAGAUGCCUUCCUUCGGUAUGUCUGGGCCAGACAAGGCCAUGGACGCCUCAGUGGACUUGACCCUGCCAAAGGCUGAGGCAGACGUGUCCCUGCCCUCCAUCCAGACUGACAUCAAGACCACUGACCUCAGUAUUGACCUCCCAUCAGCUGACAUUGACAUCAAGACCGGCGAGCUUGGAGUGAAGAUCCCGGAGGGUCACCUGCCUGAGGGAGAGCUUGAGGGACGCUCCUCCGGAGUUGGAUUCAAAGGGCACCUGCCCAAGGUUCACAUGCCCAGCAUGAAGAUGCCCAAGGUCGACUUCAAAGGCCCCCGGGUGGACAUCAAGGGGCCCAAAGUGGACCUGCAGGGCCCCAAAGGGGAGGUGACCGUCCCCGACAUGGAGGUUUCGCUGCCCAGUGUGGAGGUGGACAUUCAGGCGCCGAGCGCCAAGCUAGAGGGAGACAUCGUUCUGGGGGACACCGAGGUGACCACCAAAGAUAGCAAAUUCAAGAUGCCCAAGUUCAAGAUGCCUUCCUUCGGUAUGUCUGGGCCAGGCAAGGCCAUGGAGACCUCAGUGGACGUGUCCCUGCCCUCCAUCCAGACUGACAUCAAGACCAGUGACCUCACUAUUGAGCUGCGAUCUGCUCAUAUGGACGUCAAGACCGGCGAGCUUGGAGUGAAGAUCCCGGAGGGUCACCUGCCUGAGGGAGAGCUUGAGGGACGCUCCUCCGGAGUUGGAUUCAAAGGGCACCUGCCCAAGGUGCAGAUGCCCAGCAUGAAGAUGCCCAAAGUCGACUUCAAGGGCCCCCAGGUGGACAUCAAGGGGCCCAAAGUGGACUUGCAGGGCCCCAAAGUGGAGUUGACCGUCCCCGACAUGGAGGUUUCGCUGCCCAGUGUGGAGGUGGACAUUCAGGCGCCGAGCGCCAAGCUAGAGGGAGACAUCGUUUUGGGGGACACCGAGGUGACCACCAAAGAUAGCAAGUUCAAGAUGCCCAAGUUCAAGAUGCCUUCCUUCGGUAUGUCUGGGCCAGACAAGGCCAUGGACGCCUCAGUGGACGUGACCCUGCCAAAGGCUGAGGCAGACGUGUCCCUGCCCUCCAUCCAGACUGACAUCAAGACCACUGACCUCAGUAUUGACCUCCCAUCAGCUGACAUUGACAUCAAGACCGGCGAGCUUGGAGUGAAGAUCCCGGAGGGUCACCUGCCUGAGGGAGAGCUUGAGGGACGCUCCUUCGGAGUUGGAUUCAAAGGGCACCUGCCCAAGGUUCACAUGCCCAGCAUGAAGAUGCCCAAGGUCGACUUCAAGGGCCCCCAGGUGGACAUCAAGGGGCCCAAAGUGGACCUGCAGGGCCCCAAAGGGGAGGUGACCGUCCCCGACAUGGAGGUUUCGCUGCCCAGUGUGGAGGUGGACAUUCAGGCGCCGAGCGCCAAGCUAGAGGGAGACAUCGUUCUGGGGGACACCGAGGUGACCACCAAAGAUAGCAAAUUGAAGAUGCCCAAGUUCAAGAUGCCUUCCUUCGGUAUGUCUGGGCCAGGCAAGGCCAUGGACGCCUCAGUGGACGUGUCCCUGCCCUCCAUCCAGACUGACAUCAAGACCACUGACCUCAGUAUUGACCUCCCAUCAGCUGACAUUGACAUCAAGACCGGUGAGCUUGGAGUGAAGAUCCCGGAGGGUCACCUGCCUGAGGGAGAGCUUGAGGGACGCUCCUUCGGAGUUGGAUUCAAAGGGCACCUGCCCAAGGUUCACAUGCCCAGCAUGAAGAUGCCCAAGGUCGACUUCAAAGGCCCCCAGGUGGACAUCAAGGGGCCCAAAGUGGACCUGCAGGGCCCCAAAGGGGAGGUGACCGUCCCCGACAUGGAGGUUUCGCUGCCCAGUGUGGAGGUGGACAUUCAGGCGCCGAGCGCCAAGCUAGAGGGAGACAUCGUUCUGGGGGACACCGAGGUGACCACCAAAGAUAGCAAAUUCAAGAUGCCCAAGUUCAAGAUGCCUUCCUUCGGUAUGUCUGGGCCAGGCAAGGCCAUGGAGACCUCAGUGGACGUGUCCCUGCCCUCCAUCCAGACUGACAUCAAGACCAGUGACCUCACUAUUGAGCUGCGAUCUGCUCAUAUGGACGUCAAGACCGGCGAGCUUGGAGUGAAGAUCCCGGAGGGUCACCUGCCUGAGGGAGAGCUUGAGGGACGCUCCUCCGGAGUUGGAUUCAAAGGGCACCUGCCCAAGGUGCAGAUGCCCAGCAUGAAGAUGCCCAAAGUCGACUUCAAGGGCCCCCAGGUGGACAUCAAGGGGCCCAAAGUGGACUUGCAGGGCCCCAAAGUGGAGUUGACCGUCCCCGACAUGGAGGUUUCGCUGCCCAGUGUGGAGGUGGACAUUCAGGCGCCGAGCGCCAAGCUAGAGGGAGACAUCGUUUUGGGGGACACCGAGGUGACCACCAAAGAUAGCAAGUUCAAGAUGCCCAAGUUCAAGAUGCCUUCCUUCGGUAUGUCUGGGCCAGACAAGGCCAUGGACGCCUCAGUGGACGUGACCCUGCCAAAGGCUGAGGCAGACGUGUCCCUGCCCUCCAUCCAGACUGACAUCAAGACCACUGACCUCAGUAUUGACCUCCCAUCAGCUGACAUUGACAUCAAGACCGGCGAGCUUGGAGUGAAGAUCCCGGAGGGUCACCUGCCUGAGGGAGAGCUUGAGGGACGCUCCUUCGGAGUUGGAUUCAAAGGGCACCUGCCCAAGGUUCACAUGCCCAGCAUGAAGAUGCCCAAGGUCGACUUCAAGGGCCCCCAGGUGGACAUCAAGGGGCCCAAAGUGGACCUGCAGGGCCCCAAAGGGGAGGUGACCGUCCCCGACAUGGAGGUUUCGCUGCCCAGUGUGGAGGUGGACAUUCAGGCGCCGAGCGCCAAGCUAGAGGGAGACAUCGUUCUGGGGGACACCGAGGUGACCACCAAAGAUAGCAAAUUGAAGAUGCCCAAGUUCAAGAUGCCUUCCUUCGGUAUGUCUGGGCCAGGCAAGGCCAUGGACGCCUCAGUGGACGUGUCCCUGCCCUCCAUCCAGACUGACAUCAAGACCACUGACCUCAGUAUUGACCUCCCAUCAGCUGACAUUGACAUCAAGACCGGUGAGCUUGGAGUGAAGAUCCCGGAGGGUCACCUGCCUGAGGGAGAGCUUGAGGGACGCUCCUUCGGAGUUGGAUUCAAAGGGCACCUGCCCAAGGUUCACAUGCCCAGCAUGAAGAUGCCCAAGGUCGACUUCAAAGGCCCCCAGGUGGACAUCAAGGGGCCCAAAGUGGACCUGCAGGGCCCCAAAGGGGAGGUGACCGUCCCCGACAUGGAGGUUUCGCUGCCCAGUGUGGAGGUGGACAUUCAGGCGCCGAGCGCCAAGCUAGAGGGAGACAUCGUUCUGGGGGACACCGAGGUGACCACCAAAGAUAGCAAAUUCAAGAUGCCCAAGUUCAAGAUGCCUUCCUUCGGUAUGUCUGGGCCAGGCAAGGCCAUGGAGACCUCAGUGGACGUGUCCCUGCCCUCCAUCCAGACUGACAUCAAGACCAGUGACCUCACUAUUGAGCUGCCAUCUGCAGAUGUGGACGUCAAGACCGGCGAGCUUGGAGUGAAGAUCCCGGAGGGUCACCUGCCUGAGGGAGAGCUUGAGGGACGCUCCUUCGGAGUUGGAUUCAAAGGGCACCUGCCCAAGGUUCACAUGCCCAGCAUGAAGAUGCCCAAGGUCGACUUCAAGGGCCCCCAGGUGGACAUCAAGGGGCCCAAAGUGGACCUGCAGGGCCCCAAAGGGGAGGUGACCGUCCCCGACAUGGAGGUUUCGCUGCCCAGUGUGGAGGUGGACAUUCAGGCGCCGAGCGCCAAGCUAGAGGGAGACAUCAUUUUGGGGGACACCGAGGUGACCACCAAAGAUAGCAAGUUCAAGAUGCCCAAGUUCAAGAUGCCUUCCUUCGGUAUGUCUGGGCCAGACAAGGCCAUGGAUGCCUCAGUGGACGUGACCCUGCCAAAGGCUGAGGCAGACGUGUCCCUGCCCUCCAUCCAGACUGACAUCAAGACCACUGACCUCAGUAUUGACCUCCCAUCAGCUGACAUUGACAUCAAGACCGGCGAGCUUGGAGUGAAGAUCCCGGAGGGUCACCUGCCUGAGGGAGAGCUUGAGGGACGCUCCUCCGGAGUUGGAUUCAAAGGGCACCUGCCCAAGGUUCACAUGCCCAGCAUGAAGAUGCCCAAGGUCGACUUCAAGGGCCCCCGGGUGGACAUCAAGGGGCCCAAAGUGGACCUGCAGGGCCCCAAAGGGGAGGUGACCGUCCCCGACAUGGAGGUUUCGCUGCCCAGUGUGGAGGUGGACAUUCAGGCGCCGAGCGCCAAGCUAGAGGGAGACAUCGUUCUGGGGGACACCGAGGUGACCACCAAAGAUAGCAAAUUCAAGAUGCCCAAGUUCAAGAUGCCUUCCUUCGGUAUGUCUGGGCCAGGCAAGGCCAUGGAGACCUCAGUGGACGUGUCCCUGCCCUCCAUCCAGACUGACAUCAAGACCAGUGACCUCACUAUUGAGCUGCCAUCUGCUCAUAUGGACGUCAAGACCGGCGAGCUUGGAGUGAAGAUCCCGGAGGGUCACCUGCCUGAGGGAGAGCUUGAGGGACGCUCCUCCGGAGUUGGAUUCAAAGGGCACCUGCCCAAGGUUCACAUGCCCAGCAUGAAGAUGCCCAAGGUCGACUUCAAGGGCCCCCAGAUGGACAUCAAGGGGCCCAAAGGGGAGGUGACCGUCCCCGACAUAGAGGUUUCGCUGCCCAGUGUGGAGGUGGACAUUCAGGCUCCAAGCGCCAAGCUAGAGGGAGACAUCAUUCUGGGGGACACCGAGGUGACCACCAAAGAUAGCAAGUUUAAGAUGCCCAAGUUCAAGAUGCCUUCCUUCGGUAUGUCUGGGCCAGGCAAGGCCAUGGAGACCUCAGUGGACGUUUCCCUGCCCUCCAUCCAGACUGACAUCAAGACCAGUGACCUCACUGUUGAGCUGCCAUCUGCAGAUAUAGACGUCAAGACUGGCGAGCUUGGAGUGAAGAUCCCGGAGGGUCACCUGCCUGAGGGAGAGCUUGAGGGUCGCUCCUCCGGAGUUGGAUUCAAAGGGCAACUGCCCAAGGUUCACAUGCCCAGCAUGAAGAUGCCCAAAGUCGAAUUCAAGGGCCCCCAGGUGGAUAUCAAGGGGCCCAAAGUAGACCUGAAGGGCCCCGAAGGGGAGGUGACUGUUCCUGAGGGAGAAGUGAAGCUUGGAGAAGUGAAGGGCAAAGCAGAAGGGCCCACGUUCAAGGGCCACAUGCCCAAGGUGCAGAUGCCCAGCAUGAAGAUGCCCAAAGUCGACUUCAAGGGCCCCAAAGUGGACAUCAAGGGGCCCAAAGUGGACCUGCAGGGCCCCAAAGGGGAGGUGACCGUCCCCGACAUGGAGGUUUCGCUGCCCAGUGUGGAGGUGGACAUUCAGGCGCCGAGCGCCAAGCUAGAGGGAGACAUCGUUUUGGGGGACACCGAGGUGACCACCAAAGAUAGCAAGUUCAAGAUGCCCAAGUUCAAGAUGCCUUCCUUCGGUAUGUCUGGGCCAGGUAAGGCCAUGGACGCCUCAGUGGACGUGACCCUGCCAAAGGCUGAGGCAGACUUGUCCCUGCCCUCCAUCGAGACUGACAUCAAGACCACUGACCUCAGUAUUGACCUCCCAUCAGCUGUCAUUGACAUCAAGACCGGCGAGCUUGGAGUGAAGAUCCCGGAGGGUCACCUGCCUGAGGGAGAGCUUGAGGGACGCUCCUCCGGAGUUGGAUUCAAAGGGCACCUGCCCAAGGUUCACAUGCCCAGCAUGAAGAUGCCCAAGGUCGACUUCAAGGGCCCCCGGGUGGACAUCAAGGGGCCCAAACUGGACCUGACGGGAGCCAAAGCGGAGGUGACCAUCCCCGAGGGAGAAGUGAAGCUUGGAGAAGUGAAGGGCAAAGCAGAAGGGGCCACGUUCAAGGGCGACAUGCCCAAGGUGCAGAUGCCCAGCAUGAAGAUGCCCAAAGUCGACUUCAAGGGCCCCCAGGUGGACAUCAAGGGGCCCAAAGUGGACCUGCAGGGCCCCAAAGGGGAGGUGACCGUCCCCGACAUGGAGGUUUCUCUGCCCUUUGGGGAGGUGGACAUUUCGGCACCGAGCACCAAGCUAGAGGGAGACAUCGUUCUGGGCGACUCAGAGGUGACUACCAAAGACAGCAAGUUCAAGAUGCCCAAGUUCAAGAUGCCUUCCUUCGGGGUAUCUCAACCACGCAAGGACUGGGGAACUUCGGUUGAUGUGUCCUGGUCCCACAGCACAGAGCAGGCCUCUCCGACCUCCUUAGUAGGUGAGAUUCCAGCCCCAGCGGGCAGCAUCCACCUGCCAUCUGCUCACCUGGCGGUCCCGGGAGGCGAGAUGGUGGUGCCCCUGAGGGAUGGCGAGGUGACGGUGGGGGAGCUGAAGGGCAAAGGAGAAGGCGCCAAGUUCAAAGGCCACCUGCCCAAAGUGCAGAUGCCCAGCAUCAAGGUGCCCAAGGUGGACAUCAAGGGGCCCAAAAUGGACCUGAAAUGCACCAAAGGUGAGGUGACCCCUCCUGGCUCAGAGACGGCGCCUCCUAGCGUGGAGGCGGACAUCCAGGAGCCCCACGCCAAGGGCACAGGUGACCUCGGCCUGGAGGGCAAGGAGGUGGCUGCCCGUGAGAGCAAGUUCAAGAUGCCGAAGGUCAGCAUGCCGUUCUUCCGACCGUCGUCCAGUAAGACGUAUUCCGUGUCCGCUGAUCGCUCUGUCUGCAGGGGCGAUGUGGGGGCGGCCCCGGGGAGCCCCGCUGUGGUGGGUGUGGGGGUGACUCUUGGGGAUCCGGGGGCUGCCAAGGCGCCGUCUGUGCAGGCGGCCCUGCCGGGCAGGCCUGGGGUCUCUGCAGCCGGACCUGACAUCGGUGGCCACCGCGCUGAGGCUGAGGCCCUCGCGGUCUGUGAGGGUGUCACACUUACCAAGUUCCAGGCGACUCUCCCCGGAGCCGGCGUCGCCCCAGAGCGGCCUCCGGAAACGCCCUCGGAGUCCAGGGGGGACGCGCACCUGUUCAGCGCCCCAGGCGCUGCCGACCUUCCGUCCCAGGAGCCCGUGCCUUCGUCCCAAACUGACGGCCGCCCUGGCCCGGCGGACCCCCUGAUCCGCACAUCGUAUGGCCGCGUGACUUUCCCCAAAUUCCACCGCCCGAGGUUCCGGGUUUCCGAGGCCUCGGCCGAGGCCGGCGCCUGGGAGGGCGCCCUGUCCCCACGCAGCCCCGCACGGGCGCUGGACGCAGAGGAAGCCACGGUGUCCCCGUGGUCGGCUACACCGCUGCCCCUGGGGGCGGAGGAGCCUGCAGGCGGAGCUGGGACCCCGGCCGAGGCUGCUGAGGGGGUGCCCGCGGGGGAGGCGGCGGCCGGGGCCGCGCGGGCCGGCUCGCAGGACAGCUGGUUCAGGAUGCCCUCUCUCCGCCUGCCCAGCUUCUGGCGCUCCUCCCCGGAGCAGGGCGGGGCGGGGGCCCCAGCCGCGGCCCCGAGGCCAGGGGUCUGUGCUCCCGGGUCCGAGGUGGAGACGGACGUGGCGGGAGCUCUCGGGGGAGGUCUGCUCCGUCCGGGCCUGGGCUCAGAGCCGCCCCUGCCUCCUGCCACCACGUCCCCUGAGGAGCCCCCCACUGCCCAGGCCCCGCCGGGUCCGGGCGAGGGCCCCCUCUCCGGCACGGGGCCCCCCUCUCCCCGGCCGGAAGGCCCGCUCAGGCUGAAGGCUUCGAGGACGGACGCGCCAGCCCGAGUCUCCGUCGUGGGCCAGGCCUGGGAGGACUCUGUGCUCACCGUCAGGUUCCCCAAGCUCAAGGUGCCCCGGUUCACCUUCCCGGCCCCCGGCGGCGAGGCCGACGUCUUCGUCCCCCCGGCCGCGGCCGCGCGGGAGGUCUGGCGCCCGGACGGCAGCCUGGCCCUGGCCCUGCGGGGGGAGGCCCCCGGGGCCUGGGGCGUGAGCAUCCUGCAGGCGGGCGGGACCCCCGGGCUGCAGCCCCCGCCGGAGGCCCCGGCCCUCCCCGCGGAGGCCGGCCCCAUCUCCAAGGUCAGAGUGCACAUCCAGGGCGCGCGGGUGGAGAGCCGGGAGGCCACCGUCCACACCAGGGUCCUCACGCAGGCUGGCCCCUCGCAGAUCCAGAUCGUGCGGGAGGCGGAGAUCCCGGCCUCCGAGGUCCAGACGCCGGCGUACGGGUUCUCCCUGCUCAAGGGGCAGGUCCCCGAGAGCCCCCUGCGGGCUCAGGUGCAGGUGGUCACGCAGGCAGCCGAGCGGGCGCCGGGGGCCCCACAGCCGGACGCAGAGACGUUUGAGAUCCUGUCCUCCGGCACCGACGCCGGCCCGCAGACCACCACGUCCGCAGGGUCCGAGGGCAGCUCGGGCCCGCAGCCUGCGGACAGCGGUUCCGACGAGGAGCCCGCGGAGAUCCUGGAGUUCCCGCCGGAGGACGGCCGAGAGGGAGACGAGGCCGCCGGGGAGAAGCCGGAGAGCAAGCGGGCCUCCGGGCGGUUCCGGUUCUGGCUCCCGAGCAUCGGGUUCUCCUCCGGGGCCCCGGACGCCGGUGCCACCGCCACCACCGGGGAGGAGCCCACACCCGCCCCGGUGCAGACGCAGCCCGAGGCCCGGCCCGCGGCCGAGCCGCCCCGGAAGCAGGAGAAGGCGGGCUGGUUCCGGUUCCCCAGACUGGGCUUCUCCGCGGCGCCCGGCAGGAAGGGCGAGAGCACGGGGGGCGCCCCGGCCCAGGCCCAGCCCCCGGAGGAGGCCGUCACGUUCUUCGACGCCCGAGAAAGCCUGUCCCCCGAGGACCGCGAGGAGGAGCCCGGGGAGCCCGCCACGGCCACGGCCACAGCCACAGCCACGCGGGAGCCCGGCGGGAAGGCCGCAGCCCAGCCCGCGCCCCGGGCCCAGUGAGGCCGCAGCUGCCUGCGGGAUGGAGGUGCCCGUGGCCGUGGCCGUGGCGCGCGCUCGUUGGCUGUGACGUGUGGGGGCGUGGUCAGCGGUGGGCGUGGCCUCGGGUGGGCGUGGCCCUGCCCUGUCCCCUGGCGGUCCAGCUGCGCACACAGUAACCCGCUCGCCCCUUUGUGGACCACCCCCCCGCAGCCUCGGGGGCGCCCCCUGCUUAGCAUGGACCCGGCAGGAGGCGGGGCAGGUGCCAGCUGGCCGCUCAGGGCCCAUGGGGGUG